GGGUUUAAAGUGAUAACCAGGAAGCAGGGCUGGGUGCUUGCUGGGGGGAAGGGCUGUCACAGCUGAUCAGGGGGUGAGGGCGUCCAGAGGUUCCACUGAAUGCCCCUCACCCCCAGCCUGGGGAUGGCUUGUGUCCACACAGGUUAUAAAAGGCUCAGGGGCUGGUCAGUUUAGGAGAUAAGCUGAACUUUGAAUGCUGGCAGGUGGUGCUUUGCCAUCCCACUUGGACUGCUGUGGAGGACUGAGUAAUUUGGAUUAUAGCAAGUACAACCCCUUGGAGAGACACCGUCCUAAUGACUUGAAAUUAGACGAAGGUUUCUAACCAUCAGAGGAGUGAAGUUCUGGAACAGCCUUCCAAGGGAAGCAGUGGGGGCAAAAGAUCUAUCUGGCUUCAAGAUUAAGCUCGAUAAGUUUAUGGAGGAGAAGGAGACACUUGACUGAAAGGAGGACUGGUCUAGCCUCGUGUCCACAAGUCAAGGACCGCCACAAGGUUGAUUCCUCAGCCAUGACACUGCUGCUCGGCUAUGUCAAAAUGACCGAUUCCACCUUCGCUGCUGCUGUCCUUUGCAUUGCUUUUAACCCGCUUUUCUGGAACGUGGUAGCAAGAUGGGAACACAAAACCCGAGUUCUCAGUAGAGUCUGUGGCUCUCCAUAUACUGCAUGUUACUGCCUGGGCGCUGUCAUCCUGCUGCUUAACUUUAUACGGAGCCAUUGCUUCACGGAAGCCAUGAGGAGCCAGCCGAAGCUGGAAGGUCUGGAUUGCCUUUCUGUCUACUGCGCAGGCUUGGCUGUUCUGGGAAUAGGGUUCUUGUUUGUCAUCUCCAGUUUUUUAGCACUGGGAUUCAUCGGGACAUUUUUGGGCGAUUACUUCGGCAUCCUGAAGGAGGAGAAAGUGACAAGCUUCCCUUUUAAUGUAAUGGACAAUCCCAUGUACUGGGGAAGCACUGCCUGCUACCUUGGCUGGUCCAUCAUGCAUGCGAGCCCAGCUGGCCUUUUACUGACAGCUGUAGUGGCGGUUUCUUAUAUGAUUGCAAUGCUGUAUGAGGGACCCUUCACAGAAGAAAUCUAUCAGCAGAAACAGAAGGCGGCAAAGAACAAAUAGCAGCAGCAGGUGUGUUUGCAGAGAACUGAGGAGAGAACAGGAGCUGGGAGAUUUCAAUGAAGGGAGUCGGUCUGCUGGGCCAUUCACCUGUGCAAGAUAAUUUGACGGGAAAAGAGAACUCAGCCUGCUGUCUAAUUAUGCCCUUCCCCAAGCUUUGCAUUCGCUGACUCUUUCUAAUCCCUCACUCUAGUUCUCAAGAGAUUUUCAACUUCAAACCCCCACAAAAUCCAGCUAGGAGGGUUUCUUCACAAUGAGUUUUGUUCCCACUUCCUAGUUGGUUCCAAAACAGCCAAGGCUAAAGUGUUUUGAUUAUAGGCUUGAACGUGAAAGAAAGGCAAAACCGGCAGGGAACCUUGAAGUUAAACGUUUAACCUCUAUAAAUCCGCAAGAAAAACCCAGCUACUGCAUGAGGCCGAGCUUCAAAUGUAACAGGUAAAGCCAUGCCUGACUGCUCCUUUGCAAGUGGAGAUCAGGUCAUUCCAGACACACAUUUGCACAUGCUUGUGUUACGAAAAUUUAGCCCAAGCAGCCUGAUUUUUAGACUUGCAUGUGUAACGGCCUGUUCCAAAAGGCUUGUGCAAGUACCUGGCUGGUCUGCAUGUGCAGUUACUGCCAUUGCACCUUUUGCUAGUCUUAAAUUCACCAAAAUUUGCUCGAGAUUUUCAAAAGUGACUAGUGAUUUUGGAGGCCACCAUUUUUGGAUGCCCAGAGUGAGACAUCUUAAAGGGCCUGCUGGUCAGGAAGUGCUGAGUGGCCAUCUGGCCCCCUCAACAUGCCUCAAGUUGGGCACUCAAAAUCACUAGUCAUUUUUGCUAGUCUUGGCCAAAGUUCGCUUAAGCUUCCAGCCUACUCUCUAGCAUCAAUGCGUAUCAGAUUAGACCUGCCGCUGGUCCCCCAAAGCAUGCCUCAUCGCAGCCAAAGGGAGCCAUGCGAAAAACGGUUCUCCAAAGAAUUGUCCCUUUUUCACUUGCAAACACCGGAAGUUGGAGAAUCCCAGGAUCUUGGUGUGGAUCUGAGAGGUGCUCAGAUGGUGGUGAUGUAACAGUCUUUUUUAUUUUUCUCUCUUUCUCCUUUGUGAGACAAGUUUCUCGGGUUGCUCCACACACAGCUUGGUUUGCUGGUCCUCUGGGUGUGUGAUUUGCCUGUUUUCCCUUUGAAAUGUAUCUUGCUAAUUAGCCAAACAAACCCCGUCCUUCCAAUGAAUUAUACCACGACAGUUGUAACAAUCAGAGAAACAGCCAGAAUAAGAGAGCUAAAAGCACUCAUGGGGACCCACAGUGUAGCUCAGUCUGCCCCUUAUGUCUCCUCCUUUUGUCCUGGCUCACAAAAUCUGCAGCAGAUACACAAAGAAAGUAGCCAAGAAGAAAGAGAUUAUCUUGGAGGACUAUCAUGCAGCAGCUUUCAACCUUUCUCCCCCGCAUCUUGGGAGGUAGCAAAACCAGAUUUUAGAGACCAGCAAAACAAAACAAAAAACUCCCAGCAAAACACAAGCCAGCUGUAUUUUCUAACUAAAGGGCCCAUGAAAUAGUAAACAGGGCCUUGGGGGGACAUUUGUAAAUAGUUUCUCAGGACAGCAGUCGCCUAUUCCAGCUAAUCUUUCAUGCAGAUGUCCCUGGAAUGAGACUGUUAAGUAGAGUGACUUUCAAAAGGCUGUACAGUAUUGAUGUCCGAAGUAUUCAGCUGACACUGUGCACUUUUAAUACGGUGCAUUUAAUCUAGGCAUGAGCUGUAAUUGCAUUGCUUGAAAAGUCGACACCUCUGAAUUUGGCAGGCAUCCCCGUUUCUCUAAAUCCUGUGGUGACUUUGCAAAUAGCCUCUAUUGUGAAGGAGCGUGAAACACAUCGUGACUCCGCCAGUCAGUUGGGGCAGAAGUUCCACCCUCACGGAUCAGCUGGUGUCCCACAGAAGGUGGCGCUCUGCUGUGUUUGAACAAACUCGCCCAACAACGGAGGAGGAAGGGGAGGGGUCUGCAAAGCACUGGGAUCAUGUGACACAUCCCAGGGGAGAAGGGUGAGAGAGAGAGCACCGUGCGAUGAGCGUAUUUCACCAGGGGGAAAUAAUGCAGGCACCUCCGAAAAGGGAAGAUGGCAGUGUUGGCGGGGGAGUAGUGCAAGGGGCUGGCAAUCGGGGCUCCUGAGUGCCUGAACUCUGCCACUCGCUCAGUGGAAGUUAGGCAUCUAAAUACCUUUGAAGAUCUGGGCCUUAGGGCUCAGUUAGAACUGUUGAGCCCCGGUAACUCCAGUUGCAAUCUAGGGGAGCUGCAGGUGCUCAGCCCCCCGACCAAUCGUGGCCUGUGCCUCCCGUCGGUAACGCUGACCCUUCCCUCACAGGGCUUUUGUGAGGCUUAAUUUAAAUUAAUGUUCGGAAAGCGUGUGAGAUGUUGGGCUGGAAGGUGUCAUGGAAGGGCACUGUGUCAAUCUGGAAAAGGGUUCAUGCAGAGAAUAGAGCCCUGAUUCAUUGUAGUCUCUGUUGAGCUGCCUUUUGGUUGUCUCAUGCCCUGUCUUUUUGUUCCACUCAUCGACUUGCUACAUCUUUAUUGACGGGAAUGAUUGAUGGCAGUGUAGGGACAGUGUCUACUUGUUUGGUGCUUGAUCAAAGGGCAGGCAGGGUUCACUGUGCAGAGUGAAAGCUCAUCAGACCCCCUCAUCUCUCUCUCUCUCACUCACUCACACUCCCACAAACACACACACACACACACAUUCUCUUUCUCUGCUACAAAAUGUUGUACCCUGGAUGAAGCAAAUGACCUCAGACAGUGUUGCCGAAGCAUGGCGCCCCAAGAGGAAUGUUCCACUUUUCCUCCAGUCCUUUCUGCAGAGAGGCUGCAUUCCUGACUGCCUUUCCCACUGCACACUGCCGAUGCUAAUGAUCUUUUCAUCUCUGUCCCGCUGGGGGUUUUUUAGGUUAUCUUUCUUCUUCCCUGUUGUUUUCAUUAGCACUGAGCCAUUCAGCCAUCCCCUCUGCACACCAGGGAUUGAAAUCUUAUCCCUGGUGUCUAGUUAUUCAAAAGAUACUAGGGUUCAAAUUCAUUCUGAAUGGGAAUGGCGAAGGGUUAAAGCUCCCAGCCUGAGUGAAUGAUGUUUAUGGGCUCCUGUGAUGGUUAGAGGCACUUUGAGAAGAAAGCCAUGUGAAGAGUCAGUUAUAGUGAGAGAAUCGAACGCAGCGCGAAGGGGAGCUUGCGUUGUUAUUGAGGGGAAUUGGGGUUAAAACUAGAGAUUGGGAGUUAGGGCUUCUGGGUUCCUAGGACACCACUGACCUACUCCAUGAUCUCAGGAAAGUCACUUAAUCUCUCCAUACCUUCGCACCCCCAUUUGUGCAGUAGAAGUAAUAAUAAACCCACUGCCCAGCAUUGUUGUGAGUGUUAAGUAAUGUUUGUAAAGCACUGAGAUCGUUGGCUGGAAAGAACUUCAACACUUGGUAUAACUGAGCAUGAUAAUAUCCUUAGUAAAUUACAGUCAUCCUCUUACUCCCUGUAUUGUCUGUCAUCGUGAGUCUGCUGCCACCCUGGGUUCCUCCUGGAUUUCUUCUCUCAGUUGCAUCCAAACAGUCUAACAUUCACCUGAUUUAUUUCCUCUGCACAUUUCACUUCAAGUCUCUGAAACGCCUCACCUCUCUUCGCUUUUCCUUUCUGAACUUGCUCCAGCCUCCAGGAACCUUUGCGCGGGUGCCAGGAAGGAGGGGGGAAAUUGCCAUGGCACAAAUGCUGUUUUUUCUGCAAAUAAAAUGAAACCCCCAAACUGUGCCAGACAAUGUGUCGCCUACUGGUGGUCCUGUUUCCUCCUCUUGAGUUCACCCCUGUAAACCAGUGGAACGUGCUGUAGCUUUCGCAUGGUUGUGAUUUGCUCCAUUCCCUUUAUAAGUCACUGCCCUGAUAGUACCAAAAGAGAAUUAAAUCCGUUUUUGAAUCAAAA